CAUUUUACACAUUUCCACAGUUUCUGUGUUAUCAUCACCAAUCAAGUUAGUAGGUGUGUCUUCAUUGCCUUACAAAAACAUCACAAAAAUCGUUUACUUGUUAUCAUCACUAAUCUCAUAUUUAAUGAUUUAAACCGAUGAAUUAUGAGUUAGUAGGUAUGUGUAUACAACAACAACUAAAGAUUAAUGUGACAUCUCAACCAAACCAAAACUCUAGAGAUUAGAGAUCAUUCAUAUAUAUAAAUCGUAUAAAUAUAAAAAAAUCAACUCUUAAUCAUCUUCCUAAUCAUAACUAUCUCUAAUGGAUUCCGAUGUCGCAUUCGACUAUUCUCCGAGGUUUCGGAUCUUCAAGAACGGCCGCAUCGAACGCCUCGUACCGGAAACAUUCAUCCCACCGUCGCUAAAACCCGAAAGCGGCGUCGUAUCUAAAGACGCAGUCUAUUCACCGGAGAAAAACCUCUCUCUCCGCAUUUACCUCCCUCAGAAAUCCGUCGAUGACACCGGCGCUAGGAAAAUCCCACUACUCGUCUACUUUCACGGCGGAGCUUUCAUCAUGGAAACAGCUUUCUCUACAAUUUACCACACUUUUCUCACAUCGGCUGUUUCAGCCGCCGAUUGCAUCGCCGUCUCAGUAGAUCACCGGCGUGCACCUGAGCAUCCGAUUCCAACCGCGUACGAAGAUUCAUGGCACGCGAUUCAAUGGAUCUUCACUCAUAUCGCCGGAUCUGGUUCUGAAGACCGGCUGAACAAACACGCUGAUUUCAGUAAAGUAUACCUCGCCGGAGACAGCGCCGGAGCUAACAUCGCACAUCACAUGGCGAUUAGAGCAGAGAAAGAGAAACUCUCGCCGGAAAAUUUGAAAAUCUCGGGGAUGAUUCUGUUUCAUCCGUAUUUCUUGUCAAAAGCUUUGAUUGAGGAGAUGGAAGUGGGAGCGAUGAGAUAUUAUGAGAGGCUUUGCAGGAUCGCGACUCCUGAUAGUGAAAACGGUGUGGAGGAUCCGUGGAUUAAUGUGGUCGGGUCGGAUCUAUCUGCGUUGGGUUGCGGGCGGGUUUUGGUGAUGGUGGCGGGAAAUGAUGUGUUGGCGAGGGGAGGUUGGAGUUACGCGGUGGAUCUGAAGAAGUGUGGAUGGGUAGGGAAAGUGGAAGUGGUGGAGACUAAAACCAUCUCCAAUGCCCACCUCUAUAUUUUCUUCUAUUUUAGAGGAGAUUUUGCUCCAAUGUUUGUUUCUAUGUUUCAUCAACCCUAAAUCUUUUAGUUUGUAGUAGUACUUAAAUUGUUAAUCAUUGUCUGUUUUGCCAACACUGAAAAA